CUUGAUCACUACUGAUGCCAACGAGCAGCCAGCUCUCAAAUGACAUUGUACAAGAACGGUGGCGAGACGUGGGUAGUAGUUGGCGCCUCACGUGCACGUGGCAUUGGCCUCGAAUUCGUCAACAAGCUGCUGCAACAGCCCACGCCGUCGCAGGCUCCAGCGAGCCAGAAGGACAAGGAUCAGACGCAGCAGCAUGUGCGAGUAGUCGCUGCAGUGCAGGAUCCGUCCAAUGCCCCGCGCUUGUACGAGCUUCUGGACUCGCUGGACGCCAGGAAGCGAUGUGUCGUUGAGGAGUGUGAUGUUUCCAACGAGGACUCUCUCAGCACAUUCGCUGGCACGAUGCAACAACAUCUAGACAACGGCAUGGUCAUCAGUACCGUCGUCCUGAACGCGGGCAUUCUGCAGUAUCCCAACAGAGCGACAGAAGUAUCAUUCUCAGCCUUUGCGCAGCAUCUGCACACCAAUACCAUUGGGCCCAUAAUUUGCGCCCAGAAACUCCUCGAGUUGUCGCCGCUUCCACCGCAAAAGCUCGUCUUCAUAUCUUCCGACUCGGGCUCGACCACGAAUUUCCUCUCGUAUGAGGACGGCUUCGCCGCCUACGCCGCCAGCAAAGCCGCCCUGAACCAGAUGCUGCGGCACAUGGCUGCGGAGCUUGCGCGGUCCACGGAUCGUCGCAAGAAGAUGGCAACAGUCCUGGCUCUCCAUCCGGGAGAGGUGCAGACCGAUAUGGCCAACGUGCAGCUUGGCUGGCAAGUCCAGGGACAGAUUACUCCUGCGGAGAGCGUGUCUGGCAUGAUGAAGGUCAUUGCGGCCAAGGGAGUCGAGGAUAGCGGUACAUUCUGGUGCUGGGAUGGCAGGAGUCAUCCCUGGUGAAAAUUAGAUCAUGGGUUAUUCGACAAGUGCAGCUCGCGCACAAGCCUCACAGUCAAUUAACUAUCUUCUUUAAGGGGAGGCCCCGAUGUUCGGAUGCAAGCUCGUUUGGCUCGUGUGAGUGACUUGCUUGUGGGUAUGUACCUUGGGGGCCAGGAGUGACGAGUGUUUCGGCAUGCCAAUUCAGUUGCUUUAGAAAUGGUGGACUGUCACAGGAGCAGUCCAUACACGGAAUUGAGGUUGUGGAACCUCGAAACUCACGAUCAACGGACUUCAGGGGCACGGACUAUGAGAGGUGUCAACUAUGUUUACAAAUCCCAUCUGCGUGCUUCGUUCCCAUCCUCUUGUGAGUAUCGUUCUUUUCUAUUCCUUUUUCUUCUUUUUUUUUUUCUUUUUUCUU